CUGAGUCCUUUCAAAACCAAAAUGGCGCUCAAUCUAGUUGUCAAGGUUCAUCCUGUUGUUUUAUUUCAAAUUGUGGAUGCUUACGAGCGUCGAAAUGCAGAUUCCCAUCGAGUUAUCGGUACCUUAUUGGGGACGUCAGACAAGGGGGUUGUGGAAGUGACCAACUGCUUCUGCGUGCCUCACAAGGAACAUGCCGACCAAGUUGAAGCCGAACUCAACUAUGCUAUGGAUGUAUAUGAGCUCAACCGACGGGUAAAUGCUUCAGAAAGUAUUGUUGGCUGGUGGGCGACGGGCAACGAGGUGACGAACCACUCGUCGGUGAUCCACGAGUACUACUCGCGCGAGUGCCGCGAGCCCGUGCACGUGACGCUGGACACCAGCCUGAGCGGCGCGCGCAUGGGGCUGCGGGCCUACGUGUGCGUGGCGCUGGGCGUGCCGCGCGGCAAGCAGGGCUGCAUGUUCACGCCCAUCGACGUCUCGCUCACCAGCUACGAGCCCGAGAUCGUGGGGCUGAACCUGUGCCAGAAGACGAUGGGCGGCGGCGGGCGCUCGCGGCAGGUGCAGCCUGCCAUGGACCUGGCGCAGGUUGCCGACGCCGCCGCCAAGCUCUCCUCGCUGCUCGAGCAGGUGCUGCAAUACGUUGAAGACGUGCUAGCGGAGCGCGUGGUGGGCAACAACGCGGCCGGCCGCCAGCUGCUCGAGCUGGUCAGCUCGCUGCCCAACCUGGCCGCCGACACCUUCACCGACGCCUUCGCCUCCAGCGUCAAGGACCUGCUCAUGGUGCGUGUACACUCCACAUCUCUAGUGAGCUCGCUGCCCAACCUGGCCGCCGACACCUUCACCGACGCCUUCGCCUCCAGCGUCAAGGACCUGCUCAUGGUGCGUGUACACUCCACAUCUCUAGUGAGCUCGCUGCCCAACCUGGCCGCCGACACCUUCACCGACGCCUUCGCCUCCAGCGUCAAGGACCUGCUCAUGGUGCGUGUACACUCCACAUCUCUAGUGAGCUCGCUGCCCAACCUGGCCGCCGACACCUUCACCGACGCCUUCGCCUCCAGCGUCAAGGACCUGCUCAUGGUGCGUGUACACUCCACAUCUCUAGUGAGCUCGCUGCCCAACCUGGCCGCCGACACCUUCACCGACGCCUUCGCCUCCAGCGUCAAGGACCUGCUCAUGGUGCGUGUACACUCCACAUCUCUAGUGAGCUCGCUGCCCAACCUGGCCGCCGACACCUUCACCGACGCCUUCGCCUCCAGCGUCAAGGACCUGCUCAUGGUGCGUGUACACUCCACAUCUCUAGUGAGCUCGCUGCCCAACCUGGCCGCCGACACCUUCACCGACGCCUUCGCCUCCAGCGUCAAGGACCUGCUCAUGGUGCGUGUACACUCCACAUCUCUAGUGAGCUCGCUGCCCAACCUGGCCGCCGACACCUUCACCGACGCCUUCGCCUCCAGCGUCAAGGACCUGCUCAUGGUGCGUGUACACUCCACAUCUCUAGUGAGCUCGCUGCCCAACCUGGCCGCCGACACCUUCACCGACGCCUUCGCCUCCAGCGUCAAGGACCUGCUCAUGGUGCGUGUACACUCCACAUCUCUAGUGAGCUCGCUGCCCAACCUGGCCGCCGACACCUUCACCGACGCCUUCGCCUCCAGCGUCAAGGACCUGCUCAUGGUGCGUGUACACUCCACAUCUCUAGUGAGCUCGCUGCCCAACCUGGCCGCCGACACCUUCACCGACGCCUUCGCCUCCAGCGUCAAGGACCUGCUCAUGGUGCGUGUACACUCCACAUCUCUAGUGAGCUCGCUGCCCAACCUGGCCGCCGACACCUUCACCGACGCCUUCGCCUCCAGCGUCAAGGACCUGCUCAUGGUGCGUGUACACUCCACAUCUCUAGUGAGCUCGCUGCCCAACCUGGCCGCCGACACCUUCACCGACGCCUUCGCCUCCAGCGUCAAGGACCUGCUCAUGGUGCGUGUACACUCCACAUCUCUAGUGAGCUCGCUGCCCAACCUGGCCGCCGACACCUUCACCGACGCCUUCGCCUCCAGCGUCAAGGACCUGCUCAUGGUGCGUGUACACUCCACAUCUCUAGUGAGCUCGCUGCCCAACCUGGCCGCCGACACCUUCACCGACGCCUUCGCCUCCAGCGUCAAGGACCUGCUCAUGGUGCGUGUACACUCCACAUCUCUAGUGAGCUCGCUGCCCAACCUGGCCGCCGACACCUUCACCGACGCCUUCGCCUCCAGCGUCAAGGACCUGCUCAUGGUGCGUGUACACUCCACAUCUCUAGUGAGCUCGCUGCCCAACCUGGCCGCCGACACCUUCACCGACGCCUUCGCCUCCAGCGUCAAGGACCUGCUCAUGGUGCGUGUACACUCCACAUCUCUAGUGAGCUCGCUGCCCAACCUGGCCGCCGACACCUUCACCGACGCCUUCGCCUCCAGCGUCAAGGACCUGCUCAUGGUGCGUGUACACUCCACAUCUCUAGUGAGCUCGCUGCCCAACCUGGCCGCCGACACCUUCACCGACGCCUUCGCCUCCAGCGUCAAGGACCUGCUCAUGGUGCGUGUACACUCCACAUCUCUAGUGAGCUCGCUGCCCAACCUGGCCGCCGACACCUUCACCGACGCCUUCGCCUCCAGCGUCAAGGACCUGCUCAUGGUGCGUGUACACUCCACAUCUCUAGUGAGCUCGCUGCCCAACCUGGCCGCCGACACCUUCACCGACGCCUUCGCCUCCAGCGUCAAGGACCUGCUCAUGGUGCGUGUACACUCCACAUCUCUAGUGAGCUCGCUGCCCAACCUGGCCGCCGACACCUUCACCGACGCCUUCGCCUCCAGCGUCAAGGACCUGCUCAUGGUGCGUGUACACUCCACAUCUCUAGUGAGCUCGCUGCCCAACCUGGCCGCCGACACCUUCACCGACGCCUUCGCCUCCAGCGUCAAGGACCUGCUCAUGGUGCGUGUACACUCCACAUCUCUAGUGAGCUCGCUGCCCAACCUGGCCGCCGACACCUUCACCGACGCCUUCGCCUCCAGCGUCAAGGACCUGCUCAUGGUGCGUGUACACUCCACAUCUCUAGUGAGCUCGCUGCCCAACCUGGCCGCCGACACCUUCACCGACGCCUUCGCCUCCAGCGUCAAGGACCUGCUCAUGGUGCGUGUACACUCCACAUCUCUAGUGAGCUCGCUGCCCAACCUGGCCGCCGACACCUUCACCGACGCCUUCGCCUCCAGCGUCAAGGACCUGCUCAUGGUGCGUGUACACUCCACAUCUCUAGUGAGCUCGCUGCCCAACCUGGCCGCCGACACCUUCACCGACGCCUUCGCCUCCAGCGUCAAGGACCUGCUCAUGGUGCGUGUACACUCCACAUCUCUAGUGAGCUCGCUGCCCAACCUGGCCGCCGACACCUUCACCGACGCCUUCGCCUCCAGCGUCAAGGACCUGCUCAUGGUGCGUGUACACUCCACAUCUCUAGUGAGCUCGCUGCCCAACCUGGCCGCCGACACCUUCACCGACGCCUUCGCCUCCAGCGUCAAGGACCUGCUCAUGGUGCGUGUACACUCCACAUCUCUAGUGAGCUCGCUGCCCAACCUGGCCGCCGACACCUUCACCGACGCCUUCGCCUCCAGCGUCAAGGACCUGCUCAUGGUGCGUGUACACUCCACAUCUCUAGUGAGCUCGCUGCCCAACCUGGCCGCCGACACCUUCACCGACGCCUUCGCCUCCAGCGUCAAGGACCUGCUCAUGGUGCGUGUACACUCCACAUCUCUAGUGAGCUCGCUGCCCAACCUGGCCGCCGACACCUUCACCGACGCCUUCGCCUCCAGCGUCAAGGACCUGCUCAUGGUGCGUGUACACUCCACAUCUCUAGUGAGCUCGCUGCCCAACCUGGCCGCCGACACCUUCACCGACGCCUUCGCCUCCAGCGUCAAGGACCUGCUCAUGGUGGUGACACUAGCCCAGCUGAUCAAAACACAACUGCAACUGAACGAGAAAUUGACUCUGCUCACCUCAACGUAAUUUGUGCUCGGCUGGUGGAUCAUUGUAUGUAUUGUAAUAUUAUUAUUACCGAAUAAAAUUGAGGAACUAUCAGAAACAGUGAGAAGUGAAAGUCACAUAGUGGUAUUAUUUGAUUAAAACCACAUAUUUUUAUUGAAUAAAGUGAUUCUACACAAUA